AUGUCAGGAGAAGAAGAAACCAAGACCCCACAAGCAGAUGGUGCCUCGUAUAGGGAACAAAUACUAGAAUCAGCAAGGAGGAAUAACACAGAGUUGUUGCUACAGAUAAAGUCUGAGCUUGGAAACGAUCAAGAGAAACUAGCACACCUUAUCAAUGAGUCAAGAGAAGUCAUCACAAACAACACUCCAUUACAUCUAGCCUGUAAUUUGGGUAAUUGGGAGUUUAUAGACAUUGUGUUGGACAUUGAGGGGGUUGAGAUUGACCCACAGAAUCGAGAAAAAGAGACACCAUUACAUGUUGCUGCAAAGUAUGCCGUAAACGAACCUGAGCAUGGAUGUUUUGUGAUUGACAAUAUGUUGGAUGCUGGUGCAGACCCAAGAAUCAAGGAUCAAGACGGGUUGAAGCCAAGGGACUAUGUCAGCAAAGAUAAUGAGAAAUUAUUGGACUUGUUGGAAAGCGCUGAGUAUGCAAUCUCAAUGGAGCCACGUGAGGAGGAUCAAUUGAGGGAGUUUGAAGAGAGAGAAGCUGGAACUGGAAAUGGAAAUGGAAAUGGAGUAGAUGCCAAGGGGGAAACAGAAAAUGGAAAUAAGGAAGGUUCUGCUUCAGGAUCGGAAUCUGAAACGGACUAA